AUGAUUCACCAAUGUAUUUCCAAGCUUCCAUUCUCUCCUCCCCCUUCUUUGCCCACCAUUAGAUCCAAUUCUACAAUCCGUUGUGAAUCACCUGCCGCCAGCAACGAAAUGGCUGUGAAAAGGGACCCACCUUACCCGGGUGGGGUGGGCCUGCAUACGGGCAGAGACCCGAAUGUCAAGAAGCCUGGGUGGCUGAGGCAGAGGGCACCGCAGGGGGAGAAGUACGAGGAGGUGAAGGAAUCCCUGUCCAGGCUCAAACUCAAUACAGUGUGUGAAGAAGCGCAGUGUCCAAACAUCGGGGAGUGCUGGAAUGGCGGUGGAGAUGGGAUUGCUACUGCAACGAUUAUGCUGCUAGGUGACACUUGUACACGGGGAUGUCGAUUUUGUGCAGUCAAGACUAGUAGGAACCCGGCGCCUCCGGAUCCUAUGGAACCUUACAACACUGCCAAGGCAAUUGCAAGUUGGGGUGUGGAUUAUAUUGUUCUAACUAGUGUUGACCGUGAUGAUUUACCAGAUGGUGGCAGUAGCCAUUUUGCUGAAACAGUCAAAGCCAUGAAGAUGCUGAAGCCUGAUAUCAUGGUUGAGUGUUUAACUUCUGAUUUCCGAGGUGAUCUAAAUGCCGUAUCCACUCUAGUACACUCUGGGUUAGAGGUUUUCGCUCACAAUAUUGAAACUGUGAAACGACUGCAGCGUAUUGUUAGAGAUCCUAGGGCUGGGUAUGAACAGAGUUUAUCUGUUCUGAAACAUGCAAAGCUCAGCAAGCAAGGGAUGGUAACAAAAUCUUCUAUUAUGUUGGGACUAGGUGAAACUGAUGAUGAGCUGAAGGAAGCCAUGGCUGAUUUAAGGGCCACAGAUGUUGACAUUUUGACGCUUGGACAAUAUUUACAGCCAACACCAUUGCAUCUUACUGUCAAAGAGUACGUCACACCUGAAAAAUUUGCCUUCUGGAAAGAUUAUGGAGAGUCAAUUGGUUUCCGUUAUGUUGCAAGCGGACCCAUGGUUCGAUCCUCGUAUAGGGCUGGGGAACUUUUUGUCAAGACCAUGGUGAAAGAGAUGUCCAAGAACGCAUCUAAUGUAUCUGUAUAA